AGUAAUUCUUUUAUACAAAAUGUAGUGAGCUAAAAUUACGAGUAAUGGAAGCUUGACUAAAUGAAAUAGAAGGAUUUUUCAAAAAAAAGAAAUAAAAAUAUAGAUUCAGAAGGAUAUUUUGUGAAGACUGAAUUGAAUAAUGGAAUUGACUAUAAAAAAAAUAACAAUCCUUAUUUAGAUGAUUGUGUUGAUAAUUAUAAUAAAUAAAGGAAAUCAGAUAAUGAUAUGAAUUGGCAUAAUGCAAAGAAAGAUAGAGAACCUAAUGGUGAAUUAUAAGUAGUCUUAAAUGGUAAUGUUGUAACUAUUUUGAAACAACAAAUUAAGACAAACUAAAAAAGAUAAAAUAGAAAAUAUAGUGAUUAAGAGACUUAUGCAAUGAGCAAUAAUAUUUCUGGUCCAAAAUUUAGUGAUAUUCCUUGUCCACAAUUUCUAAAUAUCUGAGU